GGUUUGGCUAAGCAAAAUACAAUUACGUUUCGUGGACAUUAUAAUGACACCGUUUUUGUGUUAACAUUAGGUAAAUUAAAUGUGCUAUUGGUAAUCUCUACAAGGCAGGUAAAAGAAUAGCAAUCAUUUCACAUUCAAGCAAAAAAGGGUUUUACCCCAUCCCAAUAAAAUUCCACCUGGUAUUUGCACAAUCAACCUGUCCCUUUGGACCACCCGCAGCCCUGGACAGUUUUGCGCCCAAGAAACGCAGAAAACUCUUCAUAUCUUCAUUACCCACGGCGCAUUUAAUGAUCGUCGUAUAAUCCGGGAAGAUCAAAGCGGCCGCUGGUCCCACAAUCCGGGAGUAAUAAAGACAUUAAAACAAGUGCUUCUGAUACCUGUCCUCUUUUACAACUAUUUGGCCUGCAAUAAACCAUCGACGCCGACGCAAUUUCGAAGGGACGACUUUUUUUUCUCUCUCCGAGGAAAAUCACUAAACCAACACCGACCAACCGGUUUUUGGUUCACCAAAUUUUUACGUGUAAUGUGAAAUGUACACAGCAAGACUUUAAAAAUAGAGAAGGCGAUUGCAGCCCAGCUAGACGUAGAGAGGUGAUAAUUGGUUGAGCACACCGGAGGAACGUAACUGGCACUACUGACGGACCCGGACUACACUUUACGGGAAAAUCAACGAGAACAAAGAGUUCACACGAAACACAUUCCCAAAAAAAUUUUCUUAUAACUCAAAACACAUUAAACAUUUUAACGUAACAAAAUUUCACAAAAAUUUACUUUUUUGGGAAUACCAGUUCCCAACGACUUUCGACGCCUAUGAGAACGAAAGAUGAAAAAAUUAUUACCUAGUUGUCAUAGUAACCAAUAUGUAUCCAUGGUUACCAAUGACAUUUCUAAUUCAAACACCGUGGUUGUCAUAGUAAUGAAAAUGUAUCCAUGGUAAAUAGGUCAUGAACGUUCGUCAAAUGUUACAAAAGAACAGUUCACAUUCUCCUUACGAAAAACUAAGGAUUGCUUUUAAAAAAAUGUGUAAAAAGAUUCCAUUCUCCAAUGAUUUUCGACGGCCAUGUUUGUAAAAUAUUAUUUUCUAGGAAAUUAUUUUGGUUGUCGUGGUAACCAAUACGUAUCCAUGGCUACAAACCACGUAGUCAUAGUAACCACAAAAAAGUCAUGAGCGUGGGCCACUUUUUUUAAACGGGAGCAAAUUUUCAAAAAAAUUAAUUUUUGAUUAACAAUGUUAAAAAAAUUGUAUUUUUUCCACGUUUCGCACCAAUUGCCUGAAGAUGAUGAUUCAGCGUCGUUGAGAUCCACCUGUAGCUGUCCAUGCCGUCGAAUGGUGGCCAAUGGAGAGUCGUGGGUGUGGUCUAUGCGACUUCAUCGAUGGCAGCAGCCCGAGAGUUUUAGUGAUGUUGGCGAUAAUAUGUUAAGAUCUCUAAAAUGUAAGAAGUACUUAUCGAUUUGGUGUGAAAUAAUGACAAAUAAUAUAUAAUAAACGUUUAAUUUACAAAAUCCCGAGGUGUGUGUUUAUCAAAUAAGCAUCUAGUGUAUGAUUGACAUUUUAAAUAACUAAAUGUAUCAAUUAAUUAUGUUAAUUUUUUUAAUAAAUCGGUGUGAGAAUUAAUUGUGCGACGCUGAGUUUAACGCCAUACAUGAGGAACGCAGUUUAGACUUCGCCAUGGCCCAGCACAUCCUCUCAGCCGUCGAAUCCGAGAUCACAUCUGGGGGAGGAAAAAACAAAGGCGAUCCAACCGAACGCGAUUUGAUCGUCACUCUAGAUGACAGAGAUCUUUGGCUGCGAUUCGAAUGUUUGACCAACGAAAUGAUCGUCACGAAGAACGGCCGACGCAUGUUCCCGGUGGUGAAGGUCACCGCCGCCGGCCUCGACCCCAAGGCCAUGUACACCGUCCUCCUGGAGUUCGUCCAGAUCGACCCCCACCGUUGGAAAUACGUGAAUGGGGAGUGGGUUCCUGGGGGCAAAGCGGAAGUUCCCCCUUCCAACCCCAUUUACAUCCACCCCGAGUCUCCAAAUUUCGGUGCCCACUGGAUGAAAGAAUCCAUUUCUUUCGCUAAAGUCAAACUCACGAAUAAAUCCAACGGAAAUGGUCAAAUCAUGCUCAACUCCCUUCAUAAAUACAAACCGACUGUUCAUUUGGUCCGAGUUGGCACUGAACCCCGGAGAGUUAUGACGUUUCCGUUUCCGGAAACUCAAUUCAUCGCCGUCACGGCCUACCAGAACGAAGAAGUGACCGCUUUGAAAAUUAAGUAUAAUCCGUUCGCCAAAGCCUUCCUCGAUGCGAAAGAACGCCCAGAUAGUAUAUACCAGAGGGAGUAUUCGCCGACUUUUACCCAACAACAGACCCAGUACUCCCAGUAUGGGUCAUGGUUCCUGCCUCAUCAACCCAUCUACCCGGCUGUAACCGCAACGGUGCAACUAUCAACAUGCACAAGAACCACGUUAAAAAACAACCGAGCAUCGCCGUAUCCCAUGCAACGCCCCAAGUCGGCCUCCCUCUCACCCCCACCACACGUGUACAACCCUCCGGAUCACAUCCAACAAGCCACGCCUUACACCGCAUCAGGCCCCACCUACUCCACAUGGUCCACUGUUCAACCCCAAACCCCCACCACUAUAAUGAGUCCUACGAUUAACUGUUGGUCCCUCACUUCGAGUCCCCCACCACCGUAUCAAAUCUCAGCCCAGCCCACUCCUAGCCAAUCCCCCAAUCAAAUUUACCAACCCGUUACAAACCUAACCAAUCUCUCGUAUCCUGGGUAUUACAACCAGGACGUUUCAUGCACACACUACCAAAACCCUGAGUACAUUUCGGUAGUCAACCCAGAAAGUCCCUACCCACAAAUCGGAUCAGAUCGAGCCACGCCUGUUGGCUACCACCAGAACGAAGUAGGCGGAGUUAUCGACGACGGAGGGAGUGGCCAAAACCAACCGGAAUCGCCCGAAUCAAGCUCGAGCACCCCACGACACGAAUGGGUCGCUCAAAAUCAUCUAUAA